AUGAACAGUUUAUAUUCGUUUGUUUGCUUUUUGGCAAUGUUGGUUCUUUGCAUUUCGGCACAAAUGGUAAGUUAAGGUUCUUAAGACCUUAAAAUCUUUAGAAAUAGAUUCUUAAGGUGUUUAAGGCCCCUUAAGGAAUUUUCAAUUGGAAAAAAUAACUAUCUGGGGCCUUAAAAACCAAAUAAGCUUUGUAAAGGUCACAAAGAGUUUGAAGAGCUUUAAAAAUAGGCUCUUAGGGACCUUAAGAAUGUUUAGAAUAAUCUUGGAAUCCCUAAGGCUCUUUAAAAGGUUCUUGAGGACCCUAAAUACCUUUAAAUAUAUUCUUAACGUUCUUAAGAACGCUAAAGAAUUUCUAAAAGAUACUUAAGUUCUUAAGGCUCUUUGAGUUCUUAACCACCUUAAGAACCUUUAAAAAUUUGCUCUUAACGACCUUAAGACCUUAAAAAAUUGGCGAUAGGUUCCCCUGCGCGAGAACCCCGAAUUUUCAGCCAAAAAUCAAAAUUUUUGACUGAAAAUGCGAGGUUCAGGCAGAUUUCAAGAAUUUUCCAGCAAACCGCCGAUGUUUUGACCAACGACGAUGGAAUAGACAAAAGAUCACCGUAUAGGUGAGCGAAAUUUCAGAUUUUUGGCUGAAAAUCCGGAAAAUCUGAAAAAUUCCAGAACUUUCGCCUUUGCCAAGCGAGAAGUCAUGUGGCCACAACAUAUGUCAUCUUUUGCCAAACGGUAAGAAUUCUCCGAGAGAACUACACAGAUUUUUUGUAGUUCUCACGGACCACCCCAAACAUUUUCCAAGAAAAAGUCAUAUUUUUGUUGUCUGGCUGGAAAUUUCAGCCAAAUUUUCCCACGAACUUUAUGAAUAGCAUAUUUAAGUUGGAAAAAAAAUUGACGAUAGGUUCCCCUGCGCGAGAACCCCGAAUUUUCAGCCAUUUUCAGAUUUCCCUGCUGAAAUUCUAGAUUUUCUAGAAAUUCAGCAGGAUUUUCAAUGAAAAUGACUGAAAAUUCAAGGUUCAGGCAUGUUUUAACUUCAAAAUCUCGUGUAAAUUUUCAAAAACAUGGAAAAAUUGUGAAAUUUCAAGUUUUAGGUGUAAAAAUUGUCAAAAAUGACCUAGACUUUUCACUAGAAAAUCGAUAUUUUCAUCAAAAUUGAAAUUUCAGCCUUAAAAUCAAGAUCUAGGGCUAAAAUUCGUCAUAAGACCAGAAUUUGGCUAAAAAUAUCGUUCCAAGACCAAAAAUCGCCGGAAAAUCACAUCUAGGCUCAAAAAUUGGUCAUUUUUCACUAGAAAAUCACUAUCAGACUUGAAAAAUCGUCCCAAGGCUCAAAAAACCCCAAAUUUUCUCUACAGCUCGCCAUACCGACAAUUCGCCUUCGCCAAACGUGCCCAACCAUACGGUUUCGCGUUCGCCAAACGUUCACCAUACUCGUCAUUCGCCUAA